CAGAUCUUCUUGUGCACCAACCAGGUUGUUGACACACACCUUGUGAGGAAUUUCGGAAACAAGCUGGAUGACAAAAAACACAAGUCGAGGGGAAUCAUAGUUAUUGCCGAUGAAGACGGUCAGUGUCUCGAACCAGAGGCGUGGAUCCCUGUCGCAGUCUUGAAGCGGUUUGCGGAUAUCAAAGCAAUGGUCAGAUUUGGCGACCGCCAUCAACUUUCCCCCGUCGUCGUCAGCCACAAAGAAGAGUGCUAUAAUGAGUUCGCCUCCCAGCUCUCAAGGUCUCUACUAGAUCGGACGCUCCGGAAGCUGGUGAACGGACCAGGCACGAAGGAGAUAGAAAUUCCUGCCCAGUUCGACAAAGCGCUUGUGUCCUGGAUAAGAAACAUGCAUCCGGAAUUUGACUUCCGAGGGUUCACUCGGCGCUUGGUGGGCGUCCACGCCCCUGGCGAAUGCUGCAUUGACGACGUGUCUCGAUCCCGCUACAAUGAUUCGACAUUGCGUGCUGUGAUGUCUCUAGUUGAAAUGAUUCUAAAAGACGGUCCCAUAGACACCUGGACUUUUUCCAUCAUUGUCCCCUACGCCGCCCAACGCACGAGAUAUAUCAAGCAACUUGGCAAGUUAUAUGCGGCUUUGAAAAUGGAUUUCGAGCAUCGGCCCAAAGUGUUAACCAUCGACUCCGCACAAGGACACGAGAGCGAUGUGGUCAUCAUUGACUGGACAAUCUCAUCGAGUGACACACUGUUUGACAUUGGUUUUGUCACCGAUAAUCGUCGGACGAACGUGGCGCUGACACGAGCUCGCAGCUGUCUUGUCUCCGUCGGGAAUUCCGACCUGGCAUCUGGAAAUCUGUCUAAU